CUCCAGCUCUGCUGCCAAACCCCACACACAAACGCUCACUUCCCUGUCAUUCCCUGGACAGAGGGCUGAGGUAGAGAGAGAAGGAAAGAGGGAGAGAAAAGGAGUGCAGGAGGGACGUGGGGGGAAAAAGGCUGCGUGUCUGUUUUGCAGAUGAGUAUGUCCUCAUGGCGGUCUGAUUUUGACCAGUGAGGAUCUCUUUUUUUUGUGUGUUUUGUUGUUGUUGAAGCAAUCUGUCAUUUGUACACAAUCUGUGCUUCUGGAUUUUUGUCAUUCUACAAUUCUACAUUGGACUGGAGUUGGUUAAGGAUGUUGACUCCUCUCAUGCUAAAAUUGGAGUUAUUGUCUUGAGUUCCUUGGUCGAGAGCUGCGUCAAAGGAGUGUUUGUUCAAGAUUCAAUGCAAGGUCACUUCAUUGACCAUCCUCUGUGGAUCUCUAGUCACUGCGGACAUUUUGAACGAAGCAAGAUUGGCUACGGAAUCUUUGACUUUGUCCUUCCUUUGGAGAUGACACGCAUGUACAUGCAUACUUCAAACACACUCCUACUCUGAAUGACUCUGCACUCUUUCCUCGCGCACGGAAUUCCUGGAAGAUGUGUGUGUGUGUGUGUGCAGUAGUUCCUGUGAACCGUGCUAGUCUGAUGGAUUCAGGAAUUCUCUCCUGCUCACAUCCUCAUCGGACAUUCCCUGGAAGCCUAAGUCUUUGAAGGCCUUUUUAACCUCUAAAGACCUCCGUAAACUGCACAACCGAACGUCAUCUUCCCGUAAACUCCCAACACACUCCCGACAAUGUCUGAGGCUGAUAUCAUCACUGCUGUAUUCUAGUACGCUCUCAUUCCCAACCAACGUCAGACUGCUCUCUGAGGCGAUUUUCCGUGGAACUCCGGCAGGAUUUGCCUUGUUGAGCUGUGUGGUUUGGUUGUAACUGCAGGGUCCACGUUCCUCUUGUUGGCUCAUGCCUGUUACCCUGCAGGUCAAAGGCUGGAAUGUCCUGAGUCAGUCCCCCGGGCCCAGAGAAGAACUCCCAGCAGCAGCAGCGGCAGCCAGCGCUGAUGGGACCUGCUGCUCCAGUAUGAGCCUUCAAGAUGCCGGCUGCGGCUAUGCUAGCACCAACGCUAACGCCAAUGUGGCGGCUAACACGGCUAGCGGCAGCAUGCGGCGGCGCCUGGAGGACCAGGAGUUCACCCUGCGCGUCUACCCGGGCGCCCUGGCCGAGGGAACCAUCUACUGCCCCGUGGGCGCCCGCAAGAGCACCACGGCUGCCGAGGCCAUCGAGCAUCUGCUGGAGCGCCUCAGCCUGAACGGCACCAAAUGCUACGUGUUAGCCGAGGUGAAGGAGUUCGGCGGGGAGGAGUGGAUACUUAACCCCAGCGACUGCCCCAUCCAGCGGAUGAUGCUGUGGCCCCGCAACGCCCUGGAGAACCGCUGCGGCCUGGGCAGUGGCGAGGACUACCGCUUCCUGCUCCGCGAGAAGAACCUGGACGGCUCCAUCUAUUAUGGGGGGAGUCUCCAGAUGUGGCUGCUUGUGACCGAGGAGCGCCGCCGCAUGGUGGAACGGGGUUUCCUGCCCCAGCCCGCAGGGGGCGAGCACCCUUCCGACCUGUGCGCUCUCCCCGAGCUGACGGAGCGCGCCCUGCUGGAGAGCCUGCGCGCGCGUUUCCGCCAGGAGAAGAUCUACACCUAUGUCGGCUCCAUCCUCAUCGUCAUUAACCCUUUCCAGUUCCUACCCAUCUACAACCCCAAGUAUGUCAAGAUGUACGACAACCAUGCGCUGGGCAAGCUGGAGCCGCACAUCUACGCGGUGGCGGACGUGGCGUACCACGCCAUGCUGCAGCGACGGAGGAACCAGUGCAUCGUCAUAUCCGGCGAGAGCGGCUCGGGGAAGACCCAGAGCACCAACUUCCUGAUUCAUCACCUGACCGCCCUCAGCCAGAAGGGAUUUGCCAGCGGGGUGGAGCAGAUCAUCCUGGGGGCGGGGCCUGUGUUAGAGGCAUUUGGGAACGCCAAGACAGCUCACAACAACAACUCCAGCCGCUUUGGCAAGUUCAUCCAGGUCAACUACCAAGAGAGUGGUACCGUCCGGGGAGCGUACGUGGAGAAGUACCUUCUAGAGAAGUCACGUCUGGUCUACCAGGAGCACAAUGAAAGGAACUACCAUGUGUUCUACUACCUGUUGGCCGGAGCCAGUGAGGAGGAGAGGAAGGCCUUCCACCUGCUCAAACCUGAGGAGUACCACUACCUCAACCAGAUGACAAAGAAAUCUCACAGACUCCACUGGGAAAAUUACUAUGAGAGCGAGCUGCAGGACUGCUUCACUGUGGAAGGGGAGGACCUGAAGCACGACUUUGAGCGGCUGCAGUUGGCUAUGGAGAUGGUGGGGUUCCUGCCUGCCACACGCAAACAGAUCUUCUCCCUGCUCUCUGCUAUCCUCCACCUGGGCAACAUCCGCUACAGGAAGAAGUCCUACAGGGACGACUCCAUAGACAUCUGUAACCCAGAGGUGCUGCCCACCGUCUCGGAGCUGCUCGAGGUGAAGGAGGAGAUGCUGUUCGAGGCUCUGACCACCAGGAAGACUGUCACGGUGGGAGAGCGGCUGAUCGUGCCAUACAAACUGGCAGAGGCUGGCACCGUGCGGGACUCCAUGGCCAAAUCCCUGUAUAGCGCCCUGUUUGACUGGAUCGUCUUCAGGACCAACCAUGCCCUGCUCAACAACAAAGACCUGGAGGACAGUGCCAAGAUUCUUUCAAUUGGAGUGCUGGACAUCUUUGGCUUUGAAGACUACGAGAACAACAGCUUUGAGCAGUUCUGCAUCAACUUUGCCAACGAGAGGCUCCAACACUACUUUAACCAGCACAUCUUUAAGCUAGAACAAGAGGAGUACAGGGCAGAGGGCAUCAGCUGGCACAACAUCGACUACAUCGACAACACCGGCUGCAUCAACCUCAUCAGCAAGAAGCCCACUGCGUUGCUCCACCUGCUGGACGAAGAGUGCAAUUUUCCCCAGGCCUCUAACCAGACCCUGCUGGACAAGUUCAAGCGGCAGCACGAGGGGAACAGCUACAUCGAGUUCCCCGCAGUCAUGGAGCCGGCCUUCAUCAUCCACCACUACGCCGGCAAGGUCAAAUACGGGGUCAAGGACUUCAGGGAGAAGAACACGGACCACAUGCGUCCGGACAUCGUGGCCCUGUUGAAGAGCAGUAAGAACGCCUUCAUUUGUGGCCUGAUGGGCAUCGACCCCGUGGCCACCUUCCGCUGGGCCGUGCUCAGAGCCUACUUCAGAGCCAUGGUGGCCUUCAGGGAGGCCGGGAAGAGACACACCGACAAAAAGACUGGGAAUGAUGCUGCUGUACCAUGUGUCGUCAAGAGCGUGGACAGCUUCAGCUUCCUCCACCACCCUGUGCACCAGAGGAGCCUGGAGAUCCUGCAGAGAUGCAAAGAUGAGAAAUACAGUAUCGCUAGAAAGAAUCCCCGGACCCCCUUGUCAGACAUCCAUGGCACCAACACACUGAACGAGAAAUCCGCCAGGGAUGGUUAUGGUGUGGGCUGUAACGGGCGUAGCUCCAUACAGGGUCGUCUGUCUUCCUCAGGCUCGGAGUUCGAUGACGGCGUCUUCGUCAACUCCACUAGCAGCAAGCUCCUGGAGAGAGCGCAGGGCAUCCUCAUGCGGAACAAAAACUAUAAGUCCAAGCCCUGCCUACCAAAGCACCUGCUGGACGUGAAGUCUCUGAGGUACCUGAGCAGUGUGACCCUCCACGACCGCAUCACCAAGUCCCUCCUCCACCUGCACAAGAAGAAGAAACCGCCCAGCAUCAGCGCCCAGUUCCAGGCCUCCCUGAACAAGCUGAUGGAGACCCUGGGUCAUUCGGAGCCCUACUUUGUCAAGUGUAUCCGCUCCAAUGCAGAGAAGCUCCCACUGCGUUUCAACGAUGCCCUGGUGCUCAGGCAGCUGAGGUACACAGGUAUGCUGGAGACCGUCCGCAUCCGCCAAUCAGGAUACUCCAUCAAAUACACCUUCCAGGACUUUGUGCGUCACUUCCGUGUGCUCUUACCAGACAGAACUAGACCAACCAAGUCUGGCAUCCGGGAGUUCUUUCGUCAGGUUCACCUAGCACCUGCUGGGUAUCAAGUGGGCAACACAAUGGUGUUCUUGCGGGAGGCAGAGCGGCAGCGGCUGCAGGCCCUGCUCCACACGGAGGUGCUGCGGUGCAUCGUCACGCUGCAGCGCCGCUUCCGAGCCCGGCUGGAGAGGAAACACUUCAUCAGGAUGAGACAGGCCGCUGAUGUCAUCCAGAGGUGGUGGCGGGGCUGCCUGCUCAGACAGUCGGAGGCGGCAGUGGACCCAGCCGUCCAGGAGGAGGCAGCAGUGUGCCUGCAGGCAGCAUGGAAGGGCUACAGGGAGCGCAGGCUGUUCCUGCAGUGGCAGGACUCUGCCCUGAUAAUACAGAGGAGCUGGAGAAACAUCAGCCGGCGCAGGGUUCUAGCGGCCAUUACGGUGCAGACAGCCUGGCGGGCCUACAGAGAGAGAGCCCACAAUUGUAGGACACACAGUGCAGCGACACUGCUACAGGCAGCGGGUAGGGGCUACCUGGCACGCCUAAGGUUCACAGAACUAAAAGAGCAGAGUAUGCAUGAAAAGCAGUUGCUCAAUGGACAAAGGAGCCCCACCACAGAAGAAAGAAAGCCAGAGAGGACCAUUGGCCUGGAUACUGACACCUCGGACGAACAGGUCCUCGAGAUCAACCACAAUCAUGACAUCCAAGAUGUCUCCACAGUCUGGCCUACUGAAGACUCUAAGGAGUCUAAGUCGGCGUGUUUAGUGAAGGAGGAGGAAGAAGGAGAGAGCGAGAGAAGCCAGAGUAUAGAGGAGCCCAACUGCCACAAGACGCGGGCCAAGAGACAGAGCCGGCGCAUGAGGGAGCUGGAGCAGGCCCAGUUCAGCUUGGAGCUACUCAAGGUGCGGACCCACAGCACAGGAGGGACUCUGCAAGAGGAGGAGACCCCUGUACCCCCGUGUCCGGACAGCACCCCCUGUCCCCUGGACGACCACCAGCCCUCCUCGCCCCACCGGUGCUUCCCCGUUAGCCACGGGAGCUUUGAGCUGCUCGACACCACCAUGGAUGUGGAGGCGGGAAGGCCUGGUUACCCCGGUUGCCAUGAUACCCAGUCCAUGCCGCUCCAGACCUCUUCCCAAGAGGAUUUGAAUGGACCAAGGUCUCCAGAGUCCCAGCCCCAGCCACAGAAUGACCCGGAGGUGGUAAAUGAGAAUGAUCCAAGCCCCAGGAUGGAGGAACUACCCACCAUGAUACCAUCCCCUAUCAAGGAGGAAGUGGCAGAGGAUCCACAAGCUACCUUCUAUAUCCCCUCUGAGGACCAAAGCCGCGAGCCCAAGCAAGAGAGCCCAGGCAAGCCCGUGAAGGAGAGGCGAGAGUCCGCCUUACGAAGGCCCGUGGUUGUGGUCAUCAGCAUGCAGAAGGAGACCCCUCUGGAGGGGGAGCUGUGGGCGGCGACAGCCCAAGAGAGUGCACUCCAGACAGGUGUGACCACCACUGCCUCCCGCCUUACACCCAUCGCCGGCCUGGAAGUAUCAGAGAAGGCCCAGCCACCCAGGACUGUUACCCAGCCUCGGAGAGACUUAGCUGGGGUAGACAGGUCUAGCUUGGUCCCCUCCUCCACCUCCACCCAUGGCCUUUGUCCUUCCAAGGUAGACAUCCAGAUAGUCCCCGAGCCCAAGGCCCCAUCCGGUGAAGUCCUACCCAGCCAGGUGGAGAGGAAGGCAGGCUGGCCGGUGCAGGACAACUGGGUCUCCACCAACAGUAUCUUGGAGAGCAGGGAAGUUUCCACCAAAGCAGCAGCCAAGGCACCACAGAAGAAGAGCCCGACCCAGACCAUCAUUGUCAGUAUGACCGAGAAGCCCCCCACCAACACCACAUUCUGCUCCCGACGCAAGCUCCCCUUCUCCAAGUCUGAUAAGGACCUGGUGAACCAGGAGCGGUCGUUGGCCAUGCAUAGACAGGAGGCCUCCGCCUCUAGAGCCACCGCUGGACAGAGAACCAAAGAGGUGGGCCGGCCCGGCCCCAAAAAGAAAGCCCGUAUGUCUCGGACCCGUUCUGACUUCCUGACCCGCUGUAACUCCGAGGGGGCGGGCCAGUCGGACGAUGACGACGUCGACACAUUCUACACCCCCGCCCUGUCCCGCACGCUGCCCCUCCUCCCCCCGCCCCCCCUGACCCACCCCAAGGGGGGCACUGAGCCGGCCUGUUACAGUGACUCUGAAAUGGCUUCUCACAAGGAAGAGCAUAAGAAGUUCCACAAGACUAUGUCUUCAGGGGACCUGGGCAAGGUAGCAGCGCUUGGGAAGACAUCCAGUCAGGAUGGAAGCAGAGUGCGAGGGAAGAUGCGUUUCUGGGGCAAGGCCAAGCAUGCAGAGAAGAAGCUGUCCAGAGAGAAGCAGCAGACCACCAGGAGUGAGUCCACACAGGGAGACUGCACCGACAAGACAGAUGGCACGUCAUCUCCCCCCCACAGUCCCGACCUGACUGCAACCAGGGGCCGGGAUUCCAAGGAGAACAAGGACCCCUCUCCCAAAGUGAGGCGGAGACGCAGCGUCAAGAUCAGCAGCGUGGCCCUAGAGCCUGCCCAGUGGCAGAACGAUGCUCUGCACAUCCUCACCAACGCCCAUGACUACAGGAGCAUGAAUGACUUCCUCAUGAAGAAGAUCAAUGACCUGGACUCUGAGGACGGCAAGAAGGACACCUUGGUGGACGUGGUCUUCAAGAAGGCUCUGAAGGAGUUCCGCCUCAACAUAUUCAACUCCUACUCGACUGCUCUGGCUAUGGAUGACGGUAAGAGUAUCCGCUAUAAGGACCUGUACGCCCUGUUUGAACACAUCCUGGAGAAGAGCAUGCGGCUGGAGCAGAGGGACUGGAGCGAGUCGCCGGUCAAGGUCUGGGUCAACACCUUCAAGGUCUUCCUGGAUGAGUUCAUGACCGAGUACAAGCCCAUGGACAGCACCAUCGGCAAGGCCCCCAAACCAGAACGCAAGAAGAGGAGGAAAAAGGAACCUGACAUUGUUGAGGAGCACAAUGGGCACAUCUUCAAGUCCACCCAGUACAGCAUCCCCACCUACUGCGAAUACUGCUCCUCUCUUAUCUGGAUGAUGGACCGGGCCUGCGUUUGCAAACUGUGUCGGUACGCCUGCCAUAGAAAGUGCUGCUCUAGGAUGACCACGAAAUGUAGCAAAAAGUACGACCCGGAACUGUCGUCCAGGCAGUUUGGCGUGGAGCUGUCUCGUCUGACCAGCGAGGAGAGGACAGUGCCCCUGGUGGUGGAGAAGCUCAUCAACUACAUUGAGAUGCACGGCCUCUACACCGAGGGCAUCUUCAGGAAGUCUGGCUCCACCAAUAAGAUCAAGGAGCUCCGGCAGGGGCUGGACACAGAUGUGAGCAGCAUGAACUUGGACGAUUACAACAUCCAUGUCAUUGCCAGCGUGCUCAAACAGUGGCUCCGCGACCUGCCCAACCCUCUGAUGACCUUUGAACUCUACGAGGAGUUCCUCCGAGCCAUGGGCCAGCCAGACAAGCGGGAAGUGAUCCGUGGGGUGUACUCUGUGAUUGACCAGCUCAGCCGAACCCACCUGAGCACCCUGGAGCGCCUCAUCUUCCACCUGGUCAGGAUCACUCUGCAAGAGGACACCAAUCGUAUGUCGGCCAACGCCCUGGCCAUAGUUUUCGCCCCCUGCAUCCUCCGCUGCCCCGACACCAUCGACCCCCUGCAGAGUGUCCAGGACAUCGGCAAGACCACCGCGUGUGUGGAGCUGAUCAUUGGAGAGCAGAUGAAUAAGUACAGGGCCAGACUGAAGGACAUCAACAGUCUGGAGUUUGCUGAGAACAAGGCCAAGAGCAGACUGACACACAUCAGGAGGUCCAUGAAACCUGUACUAAUCGCUGUUAGGUUUAUUGGCAUAACCCGCACAGCCACCCCGGGCAAAGGUGGUCUUCGGAGGGGUAGCAGCCACCACACGCCCUCCCCACCCCUCAGCCCCAGAGCGGUCCCGGUGGACGGGGACAGUGCUGGGGAGGAGGGGGCAGAGCCAGGGCUGACGGAACAGCAGCAGGCCGCCAUGCAGCAAGAGGAGAGGGUCCUCACCGAGCAGAUCGAGAGCCUGCAGAGAGAGAAGGAGGAGUUGACAUACGAGAUGUUGAUGUUGGAGCCGCGGGCGUCUGAUGAUGAGACUCUGGAGUCGGAGGCCUCGAUAGGAACAGCAGACAGCUCUGAGAACCUCAGCAUGGACCAUGAGGGAGCCGCCUCCUACCCCUCUGGCACCUACCGCUCCCGGAAGCCUGAAGCCAAGAGCCGCCGCGGCCUCCGGAGACAACCCGACUCUGUGGACUCGGUCGACUCCAUCUUGUCCACCGCCUCUUCCUCGCUCUCCUCUUCCUCCUACCACCCCUCCUCCUCGGUUAUCCCUCCUUCCCCCAACUACCGCUUCCGCUCCUCCUCAUCCGGCCCCCUGCUCGCCUCCUGCUCAUCGGGCCUAGGAGUCCCCGUAGUGCAGUCUGAGGGGGACCCGAGGGGCACUGUGGGGGUGAAGAGUCGCCACCGCCUCCGGCUGAGUAGGAGCUCGCCGCGUGAAGCCCCCGAAGGCCACAGGAGGGAGUCUGACUUCAGCUCGCCGCCCCAACAGCUGGUUCUGUAUGGCAGUAACGAGUUUAUGGUGUGAGGGAGAGUGGCGGAGAGACGAGACAUCCGAACCGCCUUCUAUCCCCCAUGCCGAUAGAAUGUGUAUGAGGAAGGGAGGAAGGGAGUGAAACAGGGCUGGAAUGGGCCAUGUAGGCAUCCAUCUCUCACUUCUGUCCUCCCCUAGCUGUGCUCACCUCUCUACUUCUUCCCUGUGCCAGUCUUGCCUUGGAGGUCUGCCGCCGUCCCACGAUGCAGUUCGGCGCCAUCCGCUUGGUGGGAGUGGGCUGAGAGUGAAGUGAAAGAUGAUGAACGGAGAGGGAGAAAGAGAGAUGGGAUGAAUGAACGAAAGAAAUAGGAAGCCUCGGGAACGAAGAUGGAGGCAUGUCAGGAGGCUGUAGAGGAAUAAAAUGGCGAGAGAGAUACGGAGAGUGAAGUGAAAGAUGAUGAGCGGAGAUGGAGAAAGAGAGAUGGGAUGAAUGAACGAAAGAAAUAGGAAGCCUCGGGAACGAAGAUGGAGGCGUGGCAGGAGGCUGUAGAGGAAUAAAUGGGCGAGAGAGAGACGGAGAGUGAGGAAAAGGAUGAGGGCGGCUGCCUUGACUCACCUGUCUUUUUAAACUUUGACCUCCAAGCCCCUUGACCCCUGCUGGAGCCUCAGGGGCACAGAGGGGCUGGAGAGAAUGGAAAAAAAAUAGAAGCUACAGCGCCAUCUUUUGAGUGGAGGUCUAAAGUGGUUUGAGCCACUCAAAAGCAGAGUGACUGACUGAGAGUACUGUCCACCAUUUUGAUAAGAAGCACUCCGCUACUCUCACAUCUGCUUUCAAGUUUACACGAUACAGCCUCUCCACAAGGCUGCAUGCUCCUUCAUUACACUUGUUUCCUAUGCCUGUUCAAGAGACUACUGUGGUGAUAUGUUAUAAAUGUGUAAUAUGACAUUACUAUUAUUAUUAUGUUAUUAAAAAUAUGUAAAUAGAAGGAACUCCAGUGCUACUGGGUCGUCCAGUGUUUAUAAUAACUGUGUCUUGUCAGGAGUCUUUUGCAAAGUGAAGUUUAUGGGAUUCAGGUUAUGGUUUUGUUUGUCGUUUUGUUUUGUUGAUUUUUAACAAGGUUGGUGCUAUCCGGGAUCUUUGGGACGUCCCUACCCUAAACACUAACCCUUAUCCUAACCCGCACUAUAACCGUAAACCUUACUGAAACGUAACCAUUUUUUUUAUUUCAACUUCAAUGGGGGGUAGGGACGUCCAAAGUAUCCCUGAUAGCACAUACCAUUUUAACAGAGCCACUUGAUGUGUUCAGUUGGUGCCACUUCUUCUCAUGUGAAAUAAUGCAUGUGGUGCAACAAGGGAUUGACUUUCAGACACUUACGAUCAUCACAUCACUGUUGCCAUUGUGUUUGACACCGCGACUGCGGUGUUCAAUGUUUAUCAGCCAUAAUGUAUUGUAAUGCCUUUCUCCUCCAUCCGUCGUUUGUCUGUCCCCGUCCCCUGUCCCCCGUCCCCACACACAAUUCUACGUUGUUCUGAGACAUCAGUGUUAAGAGUAACCAAAUCAGGACUUGAAUUUAUUUUGUCUUUUUAUUGGUGUUUCAUUAUUGUUGUUGUUAAAGUUGCCAUUGAGGCUAUUGUCAGCUUUACUUGCGUGGUAAGGGGGAUUUUGUUGAGACAAAAUACAUUUUUAUCGCCUAUCUGUACCAAGAGGUGUGUGUGUGUGUGUGUGUGUGUGUGUGGUUGGUUGGUUGGUUAUCACUACUGCUCUGUUCAUUUGAUGUCAACACAGUCCAACCUUUACGACAGACAGACAGACACACACACACACACGCAGUCCUCUGCUAUGUAUGUCCCAUACAACCUUUGAGCCAGCCAAAUCCUUCGCCUCUGAUUUUGACAUUGGUUAAAAUAUGAAUGAACCUUUCCAUCCACUUCACUACCGGGCCUUCCUGAACAGUAGCAUUUACUCCAUGCUAAAUGUGUAUUUAAAUGCCUCGCAGAGAAAAGGCAAUCGGUUUCAAUUGUCCAGUGUGUUUCAACAGAAGAUAACUCUCUGGUACUGUAAGAUAAAUACCGCUGUACUCUCACUCUCUAUACCGUGCAAUAUCCUAUGUGCCCUGUAGGGGGACCUGUCUGUCUGUCUAUCUAUCUAUCUCUUCUCACCAGUACUUAACCUGGAGUUAAAUCAGUAUUAUAGUCUUGCCAUUCCUGUACUGUACUUGCCAUCCAAUGCAAUACAACAAGGACACAUCUGAAACAACACAAUCAAAGUCUUGACAUAGAAAAGGUGUAGGACUUGAUCGCAGAAUAGUCGUCAUAAUGAAUAGGGAAUUUCAUGUAGCCCUAUGUGUUUUGUCACAAGCUUGCCUCUUCUUCAGUGUGCGUUGUUCCAUCCAGAUUCUCCACUGUGUCCCAAAACCCUUUAGAGACUUUACUUGCUGCUUGUUGUCUACUAUUCGGGUGAAGCAGCUGAACCAUGGUGGUAUUUUAGGGAGCAGGCACCUCGAUUCAGUCACAACCAAACCUGGGUUGUAUGCAUUAGGCACCGAAUGAAAGAAAACUGACUGAAACAGGAAGGGACUACCCGAACUGACUACCAAUAAGAACCGCUUGUUUUUGUUUUACGUCGCAACGCUUUUUGCUACGGUGUGCCCUAAUGAAUACGACCCUGGUUAUCAGAAAGAGCACUCAGAAGUUCAGUUUCGAGAGGGGAGCACUGAGGGUUGUUGAGGGGCGUGGGAGAAAAUAACCAUUCAUGCUGGUCAAAAACCCACACUAAGCACGGGAUUUGUACACCCUAAGGCUGGCAUUGGCGUACUGCUAAAGUGAAUGUACCUAUCACUGGAAGGCAAUGCUCUGCUUUCUCUUGUCGUUUUGUUGUUAUUUUUAUAUACAGUAUGUAUAUUGUAUUUAUGAUCAUGCUUACGAGUGUACAUUGAAGAGGGGGGGAAAAAAGCCUGUAAUUAAAAGGAUAUAUUAUCCUGUGUAUGACUCCUUCUAUAAUAUUAAUCAUAUUUAAUGUUUUUUUACAGGCUCAAAAAAAAAACUCAUGUUUGUGCUACAGCAAAAAUCCAACUUGAGCAAUUGUAUCUUUUUGUGUGUGUGUGCUACUCUGGACACAGUUGUAUGUAUAAGGUGCAAUUUGUCUAAUAUUUCUUUUUUUUUAUUAUAUAAAUUAUAUGUCUAUGGUAAAAAUAAAAAUAAACAAAUUUAUGGGGGAAAAAAUCAUGUGCUUAUUAAAAAGGCCAAACUGUUGUGAAUUGUGUGAUUAAAAUACAGUGCAUUCGGAAAGUA